AUGGAUGCUGAUGCUGGACCUUUCAGCCUCACAAGAGAACCCAACAACAGUCACAUCUUCGGCGACAUCAUGGACGUCUAUGAUGAACUUGUGGAUUAUUACAACGCUCUCAAUGCCUCGGGGGCGGGCAAUGACACCUUCGUGCCGAACCCCAACACCUUCGCCUGCGAGCCCUUCGCCCCAGAGGCCGCUCUGGGCGCGGCCGUGUGCGCCUUCUGCACGGCGCUCUUCCUGCUGGCAGCUCCCGGCAACUUGCUCGUGGGCGUGGUGCUCUCGUCCGGCACCCACACACUGCUGCCCUCCGACGUGUACCUGCUGCACCUGGCGGCAGCCGACACCCUGCUCUCCCUCGCGUUGCCCUUCUGGGGCUGGGCGGCGCUGCUCGGCUGGGUGUUUGGCGACGCUGCCUGUAAGCUGCUGAGCCUCUUGCUGGAACUCAGCUUCUACAGCAGCAUCCUACUGCUGGCGUGCAUCAGCGCCGACCGCUACCGGCUCGUGGUGCGGCCCGCCCAGUCCCGGCGGGAGGCGCGCGGGAAGCGCGACUGGCUCAUGUGCGUCACCGUAUGGGCGCUCGGAGCCGUGCUCUCGCUGCCGGCGCUCUUCAGGGUUGCCGAGAGGCCCGCGGGCUCCGACCGCACCAUCUGCGUGGACAGCUACUCCCCGGACAGCGCCUCCGCCUGGCGCCUCGCCACACGUGUCGUGCGCCACACCCUGGGCUUCCUGCUGCCACUGGCCGUCAUGCUGCUGUGCUACGGCGCGGCGGCGGCGCGGCUCCGGCGCGUCAGGAGUCCCCGGGGGCGCCGUGCCAGGCAGCUCAUCGUGGCCGUGGUGGGGGCCUUCCUGCUGUGCUGGGCGCCGCACCACGUGGCCGUCAUGGCCGACACGCUGCAGAGGGUCUGGCUGGUGCCUCACGGGUGCGCCGCUCGCCGGGUUGUGGGCGGAGCCGAGUUCGCCACCCAGUGCCUGGGCUUCCUGCACAGCCUCGCGAACCCGGUGCUCUACGCCUUCAUGGGACACAGGUUCAGAGAGGACCUGCUCAGGCGGUUCAGAAACAGAGUGCUGUGCCAGGGCUCCGAGGGACCGCGGAACAGCCGCUCUGGCUCCCAGACCUCGUCCGGGCUGUGA